AUGGCGGAUGGUGGGUGUCUCUUCCUAUCUUACCUUUACCCUUUUCAGUUGAACCAGAAUUGAAACGGAAGACAAUUGCAGACAGAGAGGAUGAAUAUCACGCAAGACGACAGGCCGCGAUGUUCUCUCCUGCUCGGGCUGAUCCCUUCGCUGACGGUGUGUUUUGUCCGCUUUCUCAUCUUUGAUUUUAAGAAAUGUUUUCAUCGUCUCUAAUGGGGUGUCUUUUUCUUGAUAGCUCCCAUGCUCCGAAACCUACUUCGGUUGGCCCGACGCUUCCUGCCAUUAAUAUAAACUUGUAGGCAGCAAAGCGUAUAGUUGACAUUUGUGUAUACAACAUGCCAAAAUUGUUUUAGGGCGAAUACAUCCAACAUGAAAUGGAGAUUCUUUGACGAAGGGGCGUCCACAUGUCAGCUGGAAGCGUGCGUGUACGGACGGUAUAUGUUGGACAAUUCCGACUAGUUUUGUAGCCGUUGCCUUCAUGCAGCCAUUUUGCGUGACCUAACAUUCUCUUUCUUUCCUGUCUUUUUCAUGAAUCCGGACUUAUCCUGCCACCGCACUGAUUCUUACCUUAAGGCGAUAAAACGCCGGACCCGAGAUUCAACACGUAUAAGGAUAUCAUGAUCAAUCAGCAACUUUCAAGGGAGCAAAGAGCACUUGGCGCUCAGAUCGUGGCCAAGGCAAAGGCAGGCGAGUUGAAAGUUGUUGAUGCAGCUCCACCCACGAAACGCAGAAGAUGGGACCAACCGACUGCUGGAGUAAACGGAGAAGCAAAGGGCACACCAGCAGCGGCAACCCCCCUAGCCACGACUCCUAAGCGUUGGGGCGACGACACGGCCACACCUCUUAGACCUGGAGCUACACCAAGCGGCGCGGCAACGCCCGCUAGUCGCACCCAGUGGGAAGAAACUCCUGGGCGGCCCCGCGACACAGCAGUUACGCCUGGGCCAGGUGUUCGACAGUGGUCUGAGACUCCAGCACACCUCCCCGCUGGCGCUACUCCAGGACGUGAUGCGACGAGUGCGUUAGGCGUAAGUACAACUCUGUCAUCCAUGUGUCAUGUCCUGUUUCGUCAACAAUCAAUUCAUGCAAUUUAAAUGAGGGCGCCGGCUGGGGCAGUGUGAUACUACCCACAAGGCCUGUAAUCCAAAUUUACCACGUUUGACACGCGUUGUCGAUGUCGGCAGAAUUGCAUUUGAUAACGUGCUCAAAAGCGAUUCACAUGUUUUUUUUUCAGGGUACGCCAAGUGCUCGCAAGAAUCGUUGGGACGAGACCCCGCACACAGAGCGGUAUGGCGCCGAUACUCCUAGUCACGGAGCAGGAUGGGCGGAAACUCCCAGGGCCGAUUUCACCCCUGGUGGUGUGGAUUCCAUUCAGGACACUCCGUCGAUGAUACAAAAACCGUUGGGCGCUCAGACUCCAAACACGGCUGCGGCCGUAAUUGCGAAAAGGCGAUCGCGUUGGGACGAGACUCCGAUGAAAGCUGGUGCAACACCAAGUGGGGCAACCCCGUCACAGGUAAGUGCAACCUACGUCUUAAACAUUCUACGCUUCUCCCACUCCUGUAGCUGCGUUCUUUGAUUUCGAGUUUAUCGACUCCUCCGAGGUUCUGCUUCGGCAAAUACAGGUUUUUGAAAUUGCCACAUUACAUCAGAUGAUCAAAACAGUCUAUAGGGCAACUCUCCAGCAAAGGUGGUGUGUUUGUUUGAAGUACAGAGACGAUUAGCACCUUGUUAACACCAUAUUUCCGGUAUCUCAAUAGUUGAGGGAUGUUAUGUUGGAAGCCACUAUCUGGAAAGGGACGAGUUACUCAUAAUGAAAGACCAACAAAGUCGACGGCGCACUAUCCUCCUGAUAAAAUCCAACAAAUAUGUUCAGUCCUUUUUGUCGCGUCUUUCUGUAGACUCCCAGCGGAUUCACCCCAGCAGUAGGCACGCCUUCUAGCAUGACCCCUGGACUGGGAUUCACACCGUCCGGGACGACACCCACGGGCGCAAAGGCUAUGUCCAUGGCGACUCCGGCUUUCGGCAGUGCAGCUGCGACCUUGCCCGGCACCGGAAUUCCGAUGACUCCUGAGCAGAUGAGGGCCAUUCAAUGGCAGCAAGAAAUUGAUGAUCGCAACAGACCUUUGACCGACGAGGAACUAGAUGAGAUGUUGCCCCCAGGUUAGCAUUCUUGUUUCCAUCAUUGUCUGAUUACUUUUUUCCGAGUGGUCUUUUUUGUGAACGGACUUUUUGUUCUGAUUCAAUUUACUCUGACUACAUAGCCCAUUUUCUUUAAAAUUAAGGCUACAAGAUCUUGCCACCUCCCGCGGGCUAUGUCCCAUUGAGAACGCCGACACGAAGGUUAGUGGCUACUCCUACGCCGCUCGUCGGCACCCCAAUGGGCUUCCGCAUGAACACCCCUGACGCUGGCACUGCCGGUGGCUUUGGAAUUGCCGCAACUGGAGCCAAUGCUGCCGCCUUGGGUGAUCUACAGCCAAAGGGUAAUAAUCUGCCAAUGAUGAGACCCGAUGAUCUUCAGUAUUUUGACAAACUUCUCCAGGUAAACUACCUGCCUUUUUCUUAACCCUCACUAGGACGUUGACGAAGACAGCUUGCCGCCCGAAGAAGCCACCGAACGGAAGAUCAUGACACUCCUUCUAAAGAUUAAGAAUGGAACGCCUCCAAUGCGCAAGUCUGCUCUGAGACAAAUAACUGACAAAGCUCGGGAGUUUGGGGCUGGUCCUCUUUUUAAUCAGAUACUCCCUCUAUUAAUGUCACCUACACUAGAGGAUCAAGAGCGGCAUUUGUUGGUUAAGGUAACAGUGCUCUAUCCUUUCUAACUCCUUUAGGUUAUCGACCGUAUUUUGUACAAACUGGACGACCUUGUUCGACCGUAUGUGCACAAGAUCUUGGUUGUUAUUGAACCACUGUUGAUUGACGAAGAUUAUUACGCGCGUGUCGAGGGACGCGAAAUUAUCUCCAACCUGGCUAAGGCAAGACCACGAUAUAUUUGGAGUGUCAUUUUUAGAGCUAUAAAUUUUCGAAUUACACGCAAUGUUAUCCUUUAAUUUGUAGGCCGCUGGUUUGGCAACAAUGAUUUCGACCAUGCGUCCCGACAUCGACAACAUGGAUGAAUACGUGCGUAACACCACUGCGAGGGCGUUUGCCGUCGUCGCCUCCGCUUUGGGCAUACCAAGUUUGCUACCAUUUUUGAAGGUAAUGUUGUUGCAGUUACAUGCUGCCCAGUACUACUUCAGAUUGGUCUCCACUGCGUGCUCGUAGAUUCGCCGUAUCCUGCAAAACCGUUUAAGUUUACUGGCCCCAAACCUAACAGAUCAUGCUACUUUUGGCUAUUGUACUUAGCGAGACAGCCACAGAGUAAUUGUUCUGCCUCCUUAUUUAGCUGACUGUUCUGAAAUUUCAUUAAAAGGUAGUGAAUCCAAAUUAAAUGUGGGCCAGCUGUCCUCGACAUUCGGUCGAUGCAAUUUGACUUGCUGUUUUACCACUGUUGCUAAAGGAGUGACGGUACUCAGGACUGACCUUUCUUGACGCACUGUUGGUAGUUAGAAUCACUUUGGGCUUCACUUGUGUUUUCUUCAUUCAGGCCGUCUGUAAGUCCAAAAAGUCAUGGCAAGCUCGUCAUACGGGCAUCAAGAUAGUCCAACAGAUAUCAAUCUUGAUGGGCUGCGCUAUUCUUCCGCAUUUGAGGAGUUUGGUUGAAAUUAUUGAACAUGGCCUUGUUGAUGAGCAGCAAAAGGUGCGGACGAUCACAGCUUUAGCCCUGGCUGCCCUCGCUGAGGCCGCGACGCCGUAUGGUAUCGAGUCUUUCGACUCUGUUUUGAAGCCUCUAUGGAAGGGUAUCCGAAGUCACCGCGGCAAGGCAAGUUACCCUACUUCAUUUGUGCUAUCUGACUUUUUGGAUCCAUCUUGCUUUUGAAUGUAAUGGGACGUUUUUUAUCACUUUCCAGGGUUUAGCUGCCUUCCUGAAAGCUAUUGGAUAUAUCAUACCUCUUAUGGAUGCAGAAUACGCUAAUUUCUACACCCAAGAAGUCAUGCUAGUUCUAAUCCGUGAGUUUCCGUCACCAGACGAAGAAAUGAAAAAGAUUGUAUUAAAGGUCGUGAAACAGUGUUGUGCAACCGAGGGUGUCGAGGCCGAUUACAUAAAGGGCGAAAUCCUUCCCCCUUUCUUCCGUCACUUCUGGAACCAAAGAAUGGCGCUCGACCGUCGCAAUUAUCGUCAGGUACGAAACUUUCUGCCUGCUUUUAACCGUAAUGAUGUAGUACGACUAUGGUAUUUUAUUCAUGCUUCUUACACCGACAUCAUUUGGGAACAUUUACCUAGGAUGAGCCGUAAACUCGAAGCUAUUUACUACGUCAUUUUAAUACCCUGGAUAGGCUGUUUGUGUGUAACCCUUUUUCGCACUACAGCUUGUGGAUACAACUGUUGAGAUUGCAAAUAAAGUCGGCGCUACCGAAAUAAUCUCGCGAAUAGUCGAAGAUCUGAAGGACGAAUCUGAACAGUACCGCAAAAUGGUGAUGGAGACCAUUGAAAAGGUCAUGUCGGCAUUAGGGAGCGCGGAAAUAGACGCUCGUUUGGAGGAACAGCUUAUUGAUGGUAUCCUGUAUGCCUUCCAAGAACAGACAACUGAGGUAAGCUUUAUUCGACGCACUAGACAGCUAAAUAUUCUAAAAUCUAAACUUUGUUCAUUCUGUUUAGGACUCUGUGAUGUUAACUGGCUUCGGUACGGUCGUGCAGUCGCUUGGAAAACGCGUCAAGCCAUACUUACCACAAAUCUGUGGUACUAUCUUGUGGCGAUUGAAUAACAAGUCCGCUAAGGUCCGUCAACAAGCGGCUGA